AUGAUGGACAGCGAAUUUUUAUACGUACACAGUUGUGAUUUGGAUCAAAAUUUGCAAAUCAGAAUCGGUUCUUUGGAAGGAAGUGUAUCGCUUUUGGAUAAAUCCUAUCGCGUUGUUGGUGGCAAUUUUUUCGUCACAAUCACCGUUUACUGUAACAAACGACAAGUUGGUACUCCGGUUUCAACAUCUUACAAACCACCACCAAGUUCGGCACGUGCAUUGCAUUCCUGGGAUGAGUGGCUUUCGUUACCGAUCAAAAUUAAUGAGUUAAGUCUCGACUCAUUUCUUCACGCCUGUCUCUGGGAUGUAUCGGAAUCGCUGGAGCCACGAUUUGUGGCCCACUCAUCGAUUUCACUGUUCAGCAAACGUGGCAUGCUUCGAUCCGGUAGCAUUAGCCUGAAAAUGGAGAUGGCUUCAUCAGGCGAUGACCAUUUGGUGCCGCCACCCCCUGCUCAGUUUACAAAGCAAACAGGCAUUGAUCGCUUACAUAAACUCAUGAAAGAGUAUGGCGAAAAUCUCAUUGAACAUGUUGAUUGGCUCGACCGGAUAACAUAUCCUCGGAUUAAGCAACUAGAAAAAGAGUACGAGCUGGAGCAGCGAUGUCCGUAUCUAAACGUUGAAAUGAUUCGUGUUGUUGCGGCCGGUAUCACUUAUUCUGUGGUGUAUUACGAAAGUGAAGAAGAUGAAGCAAAGAGUCAAAAUGGUGGUGCUGGCCCAUGUACAGAUCCCGAAUUAGGCCUAGAAAAUCUUUGUGAAACAAAGCACAGUAUGAUGACACGUAACAAACGAGCUGGUAUUUUUGAGCGUGAGCUGAAGCCGAAUGCCGCAGCACGUGAUGCACUGGAAAGGAUUAUCCAGGCAGAUUUUUUGACUCACAUUUUUGGUUCAUUUUGUUGA